UCUGAAAACAAUCCUGCGCAGCUUCAUCGAAAAGUAAAACAAAGACAAAUGUGGAUAGACCGUCAUUAAAUGCUUUAGUCUGAGAACGCUCCUCCGAGUGUCUAGGUUGCUUAAAAAAGCCCAUGAACGUAUUACCGGCUUAUUGUACAGGAAAACGUGGUUUAAUGUGCGCAAGCGAUAGCUGGAUUUUUGCAGCUUGCUGGUCGCUGUUAGCUCUGCUAGCUAAUGUAAACCUCAAUCAAGAGUUAUACGUAGUUUGCCGUACGGUUCUCGGAAGAUGUGCAUAGUUUAGACAGCUUACAAACAAAUAACUUUGGCCAUGGAUCAACAUAAGAAGAGGCUGGGGAGUCAGCUGUGUAAAGCAGUGAACGAAGGAGAGCCUAGGGCUGUGCAGCAACUCCUUUUACAAGGUGCAAACCCCAAUAUGGUGUGUGCUAAAGGGGUGGCCGCAGUACACUUAGCGGUUGGCAAAGAAACUGAGAAGAAUACACGAUGCUUGAAAAUGUUGCUGCAAUAUGGAGCUGACCCCAAUAUAAGGUCAUCAGAGGGCCUCACUCCUCUUCAUGUUGCUGCACUGUGGGGAUGUUUUCAAAAUCUCAAGCUGCUCUUGGUGAAUGGAGGGAACCCAAAUAUCAAGGAUAAUGAAGGAAACACACCAGGGCAGCUUGCAGAGCAACAGGAAAAUCGAAAAUGUGCCCAUCUCCUUCAGGAAUACCAGGCUAGACCAACAGACCCUGAGGACGAUGACAUCCCUCAGUUCCAAUACUCUCUUUUCUCAGACCAGACAGACAUGUCCAGUUAUCCUGCAUCAGACUACAGCUUCAGUUCCCAAACAUCCAUAAUAAGUGACUUUGGAGAAGACCCAUUGAGCAGCACAAGACGCUCAUCAUUUUUUAACCUGUCUAACAUUAAUGGAAGACCAGGUUGUAGAGAUUUAUCAUAUCACAAACUGUCUUAUCCGUCCAUACUUUCAAGCACUCGAAUCUCUACAGUGGAGCCUACAGCUGCAGUAUUAAAUCCUAAAGAAGAUGACAUUUGUACCGAUGAUUCCACGUCAGAAAGCAACAUGUGUGCUGCUGCACCUGAUGGCAUAAUCCCACCUUCUUCUUCCUUCCCUCCAGUUUCCUCCAUUCGAGCAAGUCGGAAGAGCGUGAGCUUCAGCGAUGAUGUAGAUGAAUAUUACCCUGUUUUCAGUCCUGAAUCUCCCCAACAGAAUCCUGCUGUUGAUGGCAGCCAGUGCAGCUUACCUUUUGACAUGUCUGAGUGGCCUGAUUUCCUGGAUUCAGAACGCAUGGCUACUGUCUUAGACAAGCAGGGCAUUGAUGUCACAUCACCAGAUCAUGUUUAUGUUUUCUGUAGGGAAAGUAGUGAAAGCACAGAAGAGGACUUUGAGAAAACAGUCCUCGUUCACUGUGCUUUGGAAGAAAGUGAUGAUGAACAGAAGGUGGAGAAUGUAAAAGAUGAUCAGGGGAAUACUUCUGAAAAGGAAGUACACUUCCACGUUGGCAGCAGCAGCAGUGGGACUAGUAGUAGUCAUUAUAGUAGUUGUGAGAGUGACCAUUACACCAGUGCUCUGGAUACCUCUGUAAACUCUAAACAUCUUUCACUCAGUGCAGCAGAUAAGGUUUCUGUUAAGGCUGCAUUUGACAAAAGGACUCAGAUUUCUACAAAUUCAGAUUGUGAAAUUACAAAGCACGAUGGGAAGCUUUUGUACCUUCAGACUAAACCUAAUACAGACUCAAAACCUCAAGCUGUAGAACAAUUAUCAGGUAUACUCGAUAAACUGACCUUGUCUGAAGUAAAACAUCCAAAUAAUGACAUCUUUGAGGCUUGUAGUGGUAAUGAUGUAGAAAAUUCAAAUCAAGGAAUUGUUGUCCAUCCCGUGGCAGACACUGGAUUUGUUGCAGUCGCAGCUUUAGAAGAAAAAAAUGAUCAUCCAUUCACACCCAGUCCUUUCGUAACAGGCAGGACACGCUCAAGAAUGAGUCGUUGCUCACUGAGAACAAGCAAAACCCCCGAGAGCCUCUUCUUCGCAUCUUCUCUGUUUGAAGAUACCCUGCCUACACCAGUUCGAACACGCCGCCAGACUCCCAGGUCUCCGAGCAGUGACAAGUUUUACAACUCACCACACGCACCAUCCAAGGCACCAUGCUAUUCAGGGGGACACACAGAAGGAGAGUCCUUGCCUGUGGAUUGCCAAGAGACACAGUCCAGUACUCUUAGAGGCUCAAGUGUUAGCAACAGCCAAGCUGAUACGCUUAUCCUCUCUACAAGUGCAACAGACUCUGCUGUUCGGUCACAGACUUUGUGUGACACAAUUGUACUGGAGAACAAUAAUGAUAAUUCAGUCGAUGCUUAUGGAAGAAACCUUGCAGAAAUUGCUCUUGCUAUGCAGGAACAGAACUGUAAUCUCACUGAAGGUCGGGAAUUUCUGACUGACGAUCUGACAAGUUCAGAUGAGACGACUGCAAGGGGAAAUGUAAACGAUGCCAGUCAUGAGGACCAGAUAGAAAGCCUAAAAAAUGAAGACCUCUGGAUCACAGACGACUUUACCUCUCAGACAGACUCUGCUUCGUCAUCAUCCACCUCCAGCUAUUGUUCUCCAAGGAGAUCCAGGGAAGACUCUGAUUUUCCUUGCACCCCAGGUACCGGAUGCACCCCAAGGUACAGCAUGAGCAGGCUUUCAAGCUGCCAUAGGCCACAGCACCUGGCUAACUUGUCUUACACCCCUGGAGGACGUCCACACAUUCAGGAUGUGGAUGAGCCAGUGGAGUACCUCUACACAGAUACCGAACAAGGUCACAAACUAAUUGAGACUCAUGUCCCACCUACAGUAGACACCUCACUCAGUUCCAGCAUGAGCACUACAAGCAGUGAGGAGACCAUAAUUUAUGACUGGCGUUCUUUGGAGAGUGACAUGUUGAGCAGCAACGGAAAAGAGAAUCAGAAACCCCAGAUGGUGGUACAGAAAGAGGAAAAUGAGGAGUGUGUGGAAAGCUUGUUGCCAGAAAUCAGAGGGCUCACUGACAAGGAGCUCAGAUUGAGGCUGGUGGAGCUGGGGGAGAGUCCUGGUCCCAUCAGCAGUCGUACAAGGCCCACCUACAUGCGAAGACUGUGCCGCCUGGUACAGGAGACAAAUUGCCAGUCAUAUCAUCACCAGAAGAAGUUAGACCAACCACAAACGGCUGUAGGUUAUAGCCAAGAACUGUGUAAGGUCCUGCAGACGUUUAAUCUUCCUGAUUGCCAGGCUGACGAGCAGGCUUUGUGCCAGCAGUUUGACCAACCAGAUCAGAACAGGAAGUGGAGAGAGGGCAUAAUCAAGUCCAGCUUCAACUACCUGCUGCUUGACCCAAGAGUGACAAAAAACCUCCCCUUCCGCAGUCACACCAUGACCCCAAAGGAGUGUUUCCAGACUUUUAUCCGUGCUAUAUUUUAUGUUGGCAAAGGCAAACGCUCCCGCCCCUAUAGUCACCUCUAUGAAGCAUUGGAAUACUAUAAAGGUGACAAAACCUCCAAGAAACUGUGCCCCAAAGUCCAGCACAUCCUUCAGGUGUGGAAUGCUGAACAGGGUGUGGUCUCUCUGCACUGUUUCCAGAAUGUUAUUCCAGUGGAGGCUUACACAAGAGAGGCCUGCAUGGUGGAGGUGCUCGGGUUGAAGAUGCUGACCAAUCAGAAAAGAGGAGAUUUCUAUGGCAUAGUGUCCAACUGGCACACGAAGAGGAAACGGGAGCUCGGCAUCCACCUGCUCUACCGCGCCAUGCAGAUCUUCCUGGCUGAGGGUGAAAGGCAGCUUAGACCAGCUGACAUCAGACAGUAAAGACACUCACUGGCAGAGGGUAUGAAGAGCUAAACGUCAGUGCAGAAAUGGGGAUAUACCACUACUUCAGAACACAGAGCAAUCCUUGAUAUUACAGUAAUUGAUAAAUGUCUUUAAAAUUUAGAGCUCUGGAACUGUUAUCAGAAUCAAUUUUUUUUUUUUUUGCUCCUAAAUUAACCCUGAUCCCCAGACUCAGCAAUUUGCAGUUUGACAAAUGUGACAUUAGUGCUCGGUCAUAUCAGCUUAAAUCUAUAUCAUGUUCAUCUUUUUAUAUUCUUCGCAUAUUUUGCACUGUGCCAUAAGCUGAGAAAAAUGGAUUUGAACCCCAGUCAGCAAAUAUCUUAUAUUCUGCUGUACAAACUGAUUUUAACUUGGCUUUUUAGUCACCCAUCCACACACAAUUCAUCAUUUUUAGUUGAGGUCAUUUUGCUUGUUUUAUUUUAAAGAGUGUUUGAGGAUUUCACUUUUGAAAAUGUGUGUUUUGCAUUCAUUUCUUUUUGCAAGAGCUGUUUCCUCAGCAUACAUUGUUCGGUCUGCCCAGAUGCAGUUAAAAUAAUGGAGCAAUAUAUUUACAUUCCUUUAAAAAAUACAAAUAAAAACCUGAUCAUUAAAAGCAGAACUUUCAAAAGUUAACAUAAUCCACCAUUAAGAGAAUCCCUUUGAAUCGCUGACUUAAAUCCUUUAAUGAUAGGUUUCACAGAAACUCAGUGUGUGUUAAAAUGUGACUGUCAUUUGUAAAUAUAGCAUUUCAUUUAUUGUGAAAAAAAAGUUAUAAAACUGCUGAUAUUAACAUGCCCAGUAGUGUACAUUGAUAUAGUGUAGUGUUGAUAUAAUCAGAAGUAGAAGCAGGACGCUUUAGCUUUACGGGUCAGCUACAGUCAAACAGCCAUAAGCUGUGAAUUAUUGGAAAUUAAUAAAAUAAAAAAAUAAACAAUUAAUAAAAGGCAUGCAGCUUUGAAGGGAAUCACUGAAAUUUUUUUCCACUAUGGACACUACAGAAUGGUUGUUACAGUUACCAUCUGUUGCAGUUUAACCCUGUAAACCUCUGUAAAUGUCAAAUAAGACAGCAACGAUUUGGACAUUAUGUUGGAAUAAUGAAAAAGAUGGUCGUGUUCCACAUCAGAUGGUUAACAUUUUAUUGAAAACAAGUCCACACGAAUAAGUGAAAGUUUACUGAAGAUCAGUUCAUUUGUACUUUUAAAUCUGACAUAAAAUUGAGUAAAAUGUAUCAAAAUGAUGUCAUUUACUGUCGCAGACAUUACAGUCUGCAACAUGCUGCAAAAAGCUUUCCACAAGACUGUAACAUAGUUUAUCCGUAUGCCUGCAGCAAUAUCAUAUGUAUGGGAUAUAUGGAAGUUAUGAAUAAGUAUGGUAUUUUUUCUUGUCACUCAAGUUAUGAACUGUUAUGGACAUAACAUCAAGUGUCCUUCAUACAUAUAUGCUCUGAAUAAUAUAUAAUAAAGAUAAAUAUUACAACAAAUAAUUAAAAAAAUGUAUAUAAAAAUUGGUAACAAAAAACCUGAAUGCUCAUAGAGUUAAAGAGAAAAAAGUUAGUGUGGAUUUGUGAAAAAUGGCUGCAGAGCAGGUAAAAAUGCCUUACCUGUCACCCUUCAGUCUGCAAAAUAAGCAGAAAUAGCAGCGUUAACUUUUUAUCUUUUUUGAAUAUUAAAACUGAAAAAGCAUUAAACAUGUAGCAUUUAAAAACUGUUAUUAGAGGAAAUGCAAAUGUGUUGCAUCAUAAUUUGGAGGUAUUUACAUUCAUAGAUCAAAAAAACAAUUUAUGUUCACUGAUUGCAAUCAAAACCUGAUGAACUUCAUCACUAGCACCAUCUUCAUAUCAUCAACACAAACUCAUAAAAUAUUAUUUACUGUAAAAUUAUAUUGCGUUACACAGGUUAAACCCUGUUUUGCCACUUGAGUGUGGCUGACCCGUUUCAGGAAGUGCACAGAUGUUUUAGCUUGUAGGAAGUAUAUCAGCACUUAAGAUGUAAAGCUCAGCGGACUUUGAGUUAGUAGCAGGAUUUUAUGUUGUAGCCACGAUAUUGAGAAUGCCGGCUGGAUCUCUGGGGCUGAAGCUGUUAUUUGGUUCUGUGAUCCAGAUAAUUUAAUCAUCUCAUAAAAUAUGUGAAAAAUGGAGACUUGUUGGUCAAAGUAGUGAAAUCAUUUCAGUAUCACAGUGGCAUUGCUUUAUAUGACAGAAGGACAUUAAUUUUAACAGCUGCAUUUUAGAAAAAUAGAUUUUUACCCUCCAAAUCCCCCCAAUCAAGGUUCAAUAUUGCAAUGGGAGAAUAAAGCACUGGAUAUAUAAGAGCAUUAACUUUUAAUUUUUAUACUAGUGGAAUAUGAACAAAACUCAACAAUUUUAAACAUGUAACAGCCCAGAAAUGUAUGUAGAGACAUA